AUAUAUCUCUUUAUUCCUCACCGCUCACCUCUCUUUCUUAUCUGUGUUGCAACUCCAGUCGCUUUGGCUUGUUCGAUUAGAAGAUUUGGGGGCUUGUAUCCACCCACUGCGCAUUUAAUCGCAUCUCAUAAUCUAUUCAUCACUUUCUUCUGAUUCGGUUCUUAUUUCAAUUUGUGAACCCCAUACUAUAGUACCUUUGUACUCCCUUUUUGUAUUGUUUUCUCGGAAGGAACAUAUUUUAUAUAGCUCAAAGUUUAAAGCUUUAAGUUGUUCACCCCCAUUACUGUAUAGUGUAUAAUCAACUAUUAUCUUCACCUUGUUAUAGUUUCUGUUUUUGCUUAUGUUAUUCUUCUCCUUUUGUUUUAUUUUGUCUGGAAAAAAACCGUACAAUAUUAUGAAUGACUUUUAACUGUCAUAGCUCCCCUAUCAUUGAAAGAAAAGAUGUAAUUAUUACAAUAAUAAUUAAAAAAAUUGUAUCAAAGUAUUGAUGGGGAGCCCGGGAUUGAGCAACCGCAAUAAUGGGCAGCAGCAAUGGUUGGGCAUAACAGAACCCAUCACAUUGGGUGGACCCACAGAUUAUGAUGUGAUCAAGACACGUGAACUUGAGAAGUAUUUGCAAGAUGCUGGCUUAUAUGAGAAUCAGCAGGAGGCAGUUCGUAGGGAGGAAGUGCUUGGCAGGCUAGACCAGAUUGUGAAGAUUUGGGUCAAAACCAUUAGCCGUGCAAAGGGACUUAACCAGCAACUGGUGCAAGAAGCAAAUGCCAAGAUUUUUACUUCUGGCUCCUAUCGACUAGGGGUACAUGGCCCUGGAGCAGAUAUAGACACUCUUUGUGUGGGGCCAAGACAUGCAUCCAGAGAUGAGGAUUUCUUUGGUGAGCUACAUAAGAUGCUAUCCGAGAUGCCAGAAGUAACAGAGUUGCACCCUGUGCCUGAUGCUCAUGUACCAGUAAUGAAGUUCAUGUUCAACGGUGUUUCUAUAGAUCUCCUUUAUGCAAAAUUAUCUUUGUGGGUUAUUCCUGAAGACUUGGAUAUAUCCCAGGAGUCAAUAUUACAAAAUGCAGAUGAGCAAACUGUCCGUAGUCUUAAUGGUUGUAGAGUGACUGAUCAAGUCCUGCGUUUGGUUCCAAAUAUUCAGAAUUUUCGUACAACAUUGAGGUGCAUGAGGUUUUGGGCAAAGCGUCGUGGAAUUUAUUCAAAUGUUACAGGUUUUCUUGGUGGUAUAAACUGGGCGUUGCUUGUUGCUCGAAUAUGCCAGCUAUUUCCCAAUGCACUGCCUAAUAUGUUAGUGUCUCGAUUCUUCAGGGUAUAUACUCAGUGGCAUUGGCCAAAUCCAGUAAUGCUUUGUGCUAUAGAAGAGGGAUCAUUUGGACUUCAAGUUUGGGAUCCCAGAAGAUAUCCCAAGGAUAGAUUCCACCUAAUGCCGAUAAUAACUCCUGCUUAUCCUUGCAUGAAUUCUAGCUACAAUGUGUCAUCAAGUACAUUGCGUAUUAUGACGGAGGAGUUUCAGAGGGGAAAUGAAAUAUGUCAGGCUAUGGAAGCUAACAAAGCUGAUUGGGACAAUCUUUUUGAGCCUUGUUCCUUUUUUGAAGCUUAUAAGAAUUAUUUACAGAUAGACAUAUCAGCAGAGAAUGCUGAAGACCUUAGAAAAUGGAAAGGCUGGGUUGUGUCUCGCCUGCGCCAGUUGACAUUGAAAAUUGAGAGGCACACUUAUGGCAUGCUUCAGUGUCAUCCACAUCCUGGUGACUUUUCAGACAAAUCCAGAUCUUUCCACUGCUCCUACUUCAUGGGACUGCAACGUAAGCAAGGAGUUCCUGUCAGUGAUGGUAAACAGUUCGAUAUAAGACCAACUGUUGAAGAAUUUAAGCAUUCUGUUAAUAUGUACACUCUAUGGAAACCUGGAAUGGAUAUCCAUGUUUCCCAUGUGAAACGUCGUAGUAUACCUAACUUUGUAUUUCCUGGUGGUGUUCGACCUUCCAGCCUAUCUAAAGUAACUUGGGAGAGUAAGCAAAGUUCAGAAUCAAGUGUUUCUGGCCAUGGUCAAGCAGAAAAGUCUCAAGAAGGUAAAGUGGUUGUAUUAGGAGCAAAUGAUGAUAGGAAGAGAAAACAAGCAGAAGAUAGUGUAGAUAGCUUGAGAAAUUCGAAGUCCCUUACAUCUUUGCCUCCCUCCAGCAGGGACGUUCAUGAAGAUGGAAAUCCUAUUAGCACUGCUAGUUCUUGCUCUGUGAGAUGUAAUGACUCAGAAAUCAAUAGUAUGAGUGAACUACAGAGUGAAAAACCUGAUUUGAAAUCUUCAGGGGAGUGUCCUGGGGAUAUAGAGACCAAUGAAUCAGUGAGAACCAACUUACAAGUUAAUGCAACACUUACUGCCAUGGAUACAUCUAGUUCUAAAGAAGCUGAAAAACUAGCCAUUGAGAAGAUUAUGUGUAGUCCAUAUGAUGCACAACAAGCCUUUUCAGAAGAACCUGAUGAGCUUGAAGAUGAAAUUCUUGAUUACAGAAAUCAAGUGAAAGAUUUAGGCGGGAACAUGAAAAACAGCAACUUGGACUCCUCAAACUCAGAGACUGCAGUGGCUGGCGAACCAAUUAUUCCCAAGCGGGAGACCACUUCUGCUACUCGUUUAUACUCAAAUUGGGGCUCGGAAGAGCUUGAGCUGGCGGAGCCGACAGCACCACCUGUGCCACAGCGGAAGCCCCUUAUCAGGUUGAACUUCACCUCCUUAGGGAAAGCUACUGACAAAAGUUCUUAGACACAUCAAGGCAUUAGCUGCAGAUAAGCUGGGAUUGAUCUUUUCUAGUUCCUUCCUUCUCUCGUUUUGUAUAAUAUUGUGUUGAUACCAUAAAUAAAACCCGAGCUAGCAAAGCCAUAAAUUUCUAAUUAUUUGUUGUAUGUAUGAGAAACUGUUGAAUGUUUAUAUCUGACAAAAUCAAAUUUUGACAAGAAGAAUAUUUUCUGUUGCAUGA